AUGAACAAAUUCUUCUUUCCCGCAAUUCGGGUGCUCUUCAUGGCGCUCUUGUGGCAACUUGCUGUUGCGGAAGCGACUUGCGCGGAUGCACCUGUUGAAAUUACCCCUCUCUUCAGUUCUUGGACCUCAUUGAUUCGCCAACCCAGCGGAGUCUACCGCGGAACACUGCAAGUCGGUGCCGCUCAGGGUCAACCCCCCAGGGCGGAAUGCACAUACAGCCAGCCGAGCUCGGCCAGCAAAGGCGUCGUUCAGUUCAUCAGCCGCGCCAACUUCCGUCAAAUCAUGUGCGUUGCUGAAGACCAGACUGAUCACACUACGGCCAAAUGCUUUUGGCUGAAUGCUGGUGAUACCUGCAAGACAAACAUUCUGCUACGUGGUUACUUCUUCAUUGUAAGUAAAUCACGGGAAUCUACUACAACAAUACUGACUGCAUAG